CUGGCGGUCCUCGAGUUCCACCUCGGAGUGAACCACAUCGACACGGAGGAGCUGUCGGCGGGGGAGGAGCACCUGGCCAAGUGCCUGCGGCUGCUGCGCCCCUACAAGCUGUCGCCCGGCUGCGUGUCGCUGAGCAUCCAGGCGCAGGUGAGAUGCGGCCGGACCCAGCGGGUCGCCAAGCGUCUGUCGGCAGGACCUGCUGAUGCCUGGACGCUGGGUCUCUCCGCGGCUUCCAGAGUCUGCACCCCCGCGUCCUCUCCCUCGCUCGUUUCCCUGACUCCUGCCUGCGCUUUCCAACGCCUUCCCACCGGCCCUGAUCCUGUUGAAUGUAUUGGGAAAAAAAUCCACGAGCGCCACCCAGAACUGGAGCACAAUGCCUACCAUCCUAUGGAGUGGGCUAUUAAUGCUGCUACCUUGUCGCAAUUUUAUAUCAAUAAGCUGUGCUUUAUGGAAGCCAGGCACUGUUUAUCUGCUGCUAAUGUUAUUUUUGGUCAAAUUGGAAAGAUCCCAGCCACAGAAGAGACUCCUGAGGCUGAAGGAGACGUGCCCGAGCUUUAUCAUCAGAGGAAAGGGGAGAUCGCACGGUGCUGGAUCAAGUACUGCCUGACGCUCCUGCAGAACGCCGAGCUGUCCAUGCAGGACAACAUAGGGGAGCUGGAUCUUGACAAACAGUCUGAACUUAGAGCUUUAAGGAAAAAAGAACUGGAAGAGGAAGAAAGCAUCAGGAAAAAAGCCAUGCAGUUUGGAUCCGGGGAGCUCUGUGAUGCCAUCUCUGCAGUAGAAGAGAAAGUGAGAUACUUGAGGCCUUUAGAUUUUGAAGAAGCCAGGGAACUUUUCCUGCUGGGUCAGCACUAUGUCUCUGAGGCCAAGGAGUUCUUCCAGAUUGAUGGGUAUGUCACUGACCACAUCGAAGUUGUCCAGGACCACAGCUCGCUGUUCAAGGUGCUCACCUUCUUUGAAACUGAUAUGGAGAGACGGUGCAAGAUGCAUAAGCGUAGAAUAGCCAUGCUAGAACCCCUCACUGCAGACCUGAAUCCACAGUACUAUCUCCUGGUCAACAGACAGAUUCAGUUUGAGAUUGCACAUGCUUACUAUGACAUGAUGGAUUUGAAGGUUGCUAUUGCUGACAAGCUCAGGGACCCAGAUUCACACAUUGUAAAGAAAAUUAAUAACCUUAAUAAACACAGUCUCCAGGGAGGCGGUGGCUACGGCAACAGCGUCUUGGUGACUUCCAUGGCAGUGCCCAAAGCUUUACUGAAUGGCCACAAUGCUCUCGGAGCAGAAGAUCCUUUCUCAGAGCAGCCCCUGCCCCCGGCCCGCCCCUCCCAGCCCCCAGGCCAAGCUCACCAUCUCACUUCUCUGCCCUCCCGCUGUCAGUUUCUCCAUCAGCAAAACCGCACGGAGGCGAAGCUUCAGCAAGCAGUACAGCAGUUCCUCCAAAAGCUAAAUAUAGAGAUCCCAAAUGACCCAGCGAUUCCACUCCUGCUAGAUGCGCACCCGACAGAAUUGAAAAUACAGUUUGUGUCCACACAAAACUUGUCCCACGUGUUCCUGGCAGUUAAAGAGUGGGCCCCGCUGAAGCCCAUGGAUUUUCUGGUUAUAGAGCCCAAAAAGCAGGCCCUUGUCCAGGAGCAGCCAGAAGGGGGAAUGCACAACACUGGGCCAAUACUUCCCAGGCUGCAGCUCACUGGCCAAAGUGAAAAGGUGCCUGGAAUUGGGAAAGAAAAAUUUGAGUUCAAAAAUGGCCUCAAAGUGGAUGCGCUGCACUGGUGGAAAGGUCACUCCUUGGAGACUGACGUCCUGGUGCGGGUGCCCGCCGCAGCUACCAGGCAUGGCAAGGCAUUGUCCUACAUCCUGCUGGACAAUCACUGCUGCCUCUGCUUCUAG